GAGUUUCACCUGAGAGCAAAAUAAGCCACCUUCCUCAGCUCCCACACAGCAGCAGGGCCUCCAAGGACACGAGGACAAUUAUUCCCUUUUCGCUCCUCAAGCUGACAGCGUUAAAAUGGACCCCGGUGUGUUUACGAGCGUGUGGCUGAAGGUGGCUGUGCUGGUUCUGAUAACAAAUCAGCUGACAGCAGAGGCGCUGCAGAUAACAUCAUCGGGGCCGCAGACCAUUCAGAAGCCUCUGGGGCAAGACGUCAACCUCGAAUGCACCUACACCCUAGCCACAACGGACACCGGAGAGAUGGACAUCGAGUGGUCCAACGUCAGCCCCGACAUGACACAGAAAGACAAACUGAUUUUAUCAUAUUCAGGGGGCCAGACGCACUUCUACGACUCCAGCUUUUCCAACAGAUUAAAAUUCUUGACAGACCCAAAGCAAGGAAACGCUUCCAUCGCCAUCUCCAGUGUGAAACUGUCAGACACCGGCACCUACCAGUGUAAAGUCAAGAAGGCGCCAGGCGUUGACAUGAGAAAAGUCACUCUAGUUGUGUUGGUUCCCCCUUCCAAGCCAAAGUGUUGGGUUGAAGGCAGUGAGGAGAAAGGUGGCACAGUCUCCCUGCGCUGUAAAUCCUAUCAGGGGUCCAUUCCUCUCUCUUAUGUGUGGACGAGAGAGACCGGCGGUGCGAUGCCGGCCACUGCAACACAGGACUCAACGAGUGGAGAGCUGUUGAUCAAGAACCACACGGACAGCAACACUGGAACUUACAUGUGUGAGGCAAAAAAUGCCGUCGGUCAAGACAAGUGCACAUACGCUUUGAGAGCAUACAACCCCAUUAAUAAAGCAGGUGUCAUCGCCGGUGCCGUGAUCGGUGCUCUGCUCCUGCUCCUCCUCCUCCUGUUUCUCAUCUGGUUCCUGCUCUCCUACUGCAACAAGAAGCGCUACCAGAAGGAGGUUGCAAAUGAAAUUAGGCAUGAUGCUCCGGCUCCAGAGAGCAGACCGUCCAGCCGAGUGUCGAGUAUCCGAUCUAUGGUGGGGUACCGCACACACCACGGGGUCCAGUACAGUGACGUGGCGAGCCCACUGCCCAGUGUCAGUGAAUCUGCCCCCAUCUUUGCAGGAACCAGUAACGAAACAUCCUCUACAGAGGCCAGAGGUGUUUCCUUUAAAUACGACCCUCGAUAUGGAUACGCUGUGUAACUACAAAACUGUAACUUUUAAUGGAAAAACUUCUCGUGUGAAAGGACUCGUGAAGAAUAUGCUUUAUAAGAGACUUAAAGUGCAAUCUGGAGAACAAAGGACGUGUUUGACUGCAGACAUUUUCACAACAAAAAGCAGGACCUCGCUAUACAAAACUGAUCACACUCACAAAUUUAGACAAAACUACCGGUAUAUGUAAAAUGUAUAUAGCAAAGAACUUUAUAU